CCUCAGAAUAAAUCGUUUUUGAAUCGUACGACAGUUGCAAUCCGAUUUUCGGAACUAACAUUUUACCGUAAAAGUGAAAAUUGUUACACUUAAAUUUACGAACAAGGUUAUGUGCUAGUGACGUAUUGAAUAUCGAAUAAAAAUGUCAUCGGUGCAUUCAGACGAUGACCAGGAGGAGAUCAACGUGGACUCUGACAGCCGACUCUCGGGGCACUGCGACCGAAGUAUCGCUUCGGAAGACAGAGAUUCCGAACAUAGCUACCACGAGAGGUUCCGUGAUUCGCCAAACGACCACAUGACAGAGACCCAGCCCAGAGUCAAUCUGCCGUUCAGUAUAUCCCGGCUGCUGGGGAAGCAGUUCGAAGAUAUAGAUAAGCGAAGGAAUUCUGGCGAGAGUGAUGAUAGAAGUGACCAGGACACUGAAUCGGAAAGUGCCAAAGACGACGCUAAAGACAGUUCUAGUUUGGCAUUAAAUUUCUCACACGCACCGGGCCUCUAUCAUAACUCCGGACUCUUGUUAAGGCCGGGGUUAGGGUUGGGUGGUGGGUAUGGAUUUUCUAGUAAUCCCGGUGUUGUGAGAGUUCCGGCUCAUAGAGCGUUGGGUGCACUUGGGGCUUGGGGUGUUGCGUUAGACCCCAUGAGACAGGCGGCCGCGGCUGCUUUUGCUCACCAGGUCGUCAAAGAUAGAUUAAACGCAACAUUCCCGAUCACGAGACGAAUCGGCCAUCCUUAUCAGAACCGGACCCCGCCGAAACGUAAGAAGCCAAGAACCUCCUUCACGCGACUCCAAAUAGCCGAACUGGAGAAGAGAUUCCACAAACAGAAGUACCUCGCCUCCGCGGAACGCGCCUCAUUAGCGAAGACUUUGAAAAUGACAGAUGCUCAAGUUAAGACUUGGUUCCAGAACCGAAGGACGAAAUGGAGACGUCAAACGGCUGAAGAACGGGAAGCAGAAAGGCAGGCCGCGAACCGUCUGAUGCUCUCCCUGCAAGCCGAGGCCUUGAGCAAAGGCUACAUCCCCGAACCACCCCCAUCAGCCGGUCUCUCGGCUCUACAUUAUCAAACGCAAAACAACGCGGCCUCACAACCGAACAAUACAGCAUUGAGCGCGUUACAGAACCUGCAACCUUGGGCCGGGAAUCAAGGAAGCUUCAUGAAUGCCCAGACAACCAAUCCCCCACCACCGCACCCGCCACCCGUUGCUUCUCCUAUUUGUUGAAGUAAAACAGAAAUUUCCUAAGAUAAUUACCGUCACGACAUCACCUGUCUACAUUCAGGAUGUUAAAGAGGCUGCCUAGAUUUCAGCACAUUGCAAACCUUUCAGAACUAUAGUAAUUCCAGAAGCUUAUAGAGUUCGGAUUGCGUUGAAGAUCUAAUUUAAAUAACUUAAGGUUGCUACGGUUCAAUUUCUCUGAGAAGAAAACGCUUUGCUUCUGGUAUACGUUGGGUCCCCAUGGGCCAGCCCUAUCUAUUUUUUUAAUUAUUUCUUAAAUGAGUUAACGAGUUCACGGCUCUCCUCGUGUUAAGUGGUUACCUAUUCCCAUCGACAUCCCAAUGUGAAUUACACCAUUCGCAUUGAAACUUGAAGUCUGUGUCGCAAUUGUAUAUAAGUCUCCUAAAUGUAAGAGCAAAAAUAACGUCGCUUUUGUACAUAUUAAUAUUGAAAUAAUUCAAUGAUGUUUAAUUUUAAUAAUAUUUACUUCGUAACAAACUAUGGUACUGUAUAUUUCGGAAGUGUUAUCUAAGGAUUAUAUUGUUAUUGGGGAAUUGUAAUUUUGAUUAGUGGUGAUUGUUGAAUAAUAA